AUGAAAAUCAAGAAGCAACAUAAUAAGCAUUCUGUUACUAAAAGAUUGAAUUUACUUAAUAGAAAACAAUGUCUUGAUUUUUAUCUUAUAAUUAAUGAAAAAUUAAAAGAUUUACAAAAUGCUAAUAAAGGAGAAAUAAAAAAGAGUGAUGGAUUAGAAUAUGAAGAAGUUCAGACUAUGUUUGCAUCACCAGUUUUAAUAUAUGAAUUUCAUAGGAAUUAUUAA